GACCCCAAACCUAUCCCUUCCGGCACUCAUUACCACCUUUUCACCAACGGCUCAGCAAUCGGCUUCAAGUGACUCAAGUCUCAAAUUGGCAUCCUAUUCUCCCUACUUCCAGAAGGUGACGUUUCGUUGUCUCUUGAUUACAAUGUGAAAAAUCCUACACCAGGUUCGAUCCGUGGCAGGAAGGCACCGCAGAAGAAGGGAGGUAAAACGAGGAGGAAGGUUGGGAUGGUGAACGGAAGCCUGAGUGUGGUGUGCCAGAUUCGCCAUCCGCGCUCUUGUGGCGCACAAGUGCGUGAAGAUCCUUGCAGGUGUUCUUCGAGUUGAGAACGCUGGUAAUGGGGAGACUUAGGCCGUUGUUCUUUGAUUUGCCGUGUUCUUCGAGUUCUUCGAGUUGAGAUCGCCAAAUCACAGCCAUUGUUCUUUGAUAUGCCGUGUCCUCUCCGGCUUGCAUCGCCAUGGUUCCUCCUCCGCGGCUUGCAUCGGCCAUGGUUCCUCCUCCGCCUCCUUCUUCUCUGUGGAUCGCCACCUCAAAGAUUCUUGCAAAGCUCGAUGAGUCGGGUGGUGUUAUUGAUGAGAUUAAUUGGCGGGGAAUGGGGAUCCCCCAUUCCUCGUGAGGAACGGGGAUGGGGGGGGCAAAAUCUGCCCCUC